AUGGGAUGGACCCUUAAUUCCCACACAUCCAACACAAAGGUUUCAAUCAAUCAAUCAACCGACAGCACCAGAUUACGUCCAAGACAAGGCCAGGAUCGCCGACCAAGGUGGCCGCUAAUGCUAAUAAUAACCCUCCGCUGGCUUGGCCUUCAAUGUUUUCUCAGCGGAAUGGCGCAACGCAAGGGAGAAGAGUUGGGGGUCACAAGAGGCGACAAUGUGAGAAGUUGUGGUCAUUGCGCAUGUUGA